CACUAUUUGUUUCCUUCUUGCUUCCAUUUCUCUCGCGGAAGUACCUAGAAAUUACUCGCCAAAGAAAAAACACCACAAGCAAGCCCUUGUUUCUCUCAUUUUUCAUCUCCAUUUACUCGGGAAAAUCAUGGGGAAAGGUCCAGGUCUCUACUCCGACAUCGGCAAAAAAGCUAGAGAUCUCCUCUACAAGGAUUACCAGAGUGACCACAAGUUCACUCUCACCACCUAUACUUCCACUGGAGUCGCAAUAACUUCAAAUGGGAUUAAGAAGGGUGAGCUCUUUCUUGCUGAUGUGAGCACUCAGCUUAAAAACAAGAACAUCACUACUGAUGUAAAAGUGGACACGAAGUCAAAUCUCUUCACCACUAUUACUGUCGAUGAGCCUGCACCUGGGCUGAAGACAAUCUUUAGCUUUAUUGUACCUGAUCAGAGAUCUGGCAAGGUGGAACUCCAGUAUCAACAUGAGUAUGCUGGAAUAAGCACCAGCAUUGGGCUGACUGCAAAUCCUAUUGUUAACUUCUCUGGUGUGAUUGGAAACAAUUCUGUGGCUGUUGGAACUGAUCUUUCCUUUGACACUGCCACUGGAAACUUCACCAAAUGCAAUACUGGAUUGAGCUAUACCACUUCCGACCUCAUUGCUUCCCUAACAUUGAAUGAGAAAGCGGACACUCUGAAUGCAUCCUACUACCAUGUUGUGAGCCCUCUGACUAAUACAGCUGUUGGUGCAGAGCUGACCCACACCUUCUCAAGCAAUGAAAAUACUUUGACAGUUGGCACACAGCAUGCACUUGACCCGUUGACCACCGUGAAGGCUCGAGUGAACAACUAUGGAAGAGCGAGUGCUCUAAUCCAGCAUGAGUGGCGUCCAAGAUCACUAUUCACUAUUUCUGGAGAAGUCGACACCAGGGCAAUAGAGAAGAGUGCUAAGGUUGGACUGGCCUUGGCGAUUAAGCAAUAGGCUGAGCUAGUAGUCUUGGAAUGAGUUCAACUGCUUUGAGAUUUAAACUUAAUAAGCUAGGGAGAAGGAUUCUAAAUCUUUUUUGUUUCAGUUAUCUUUUGGUAUCUGAAUGUUGUUUCAUCCGGUUUCACUUGUUUUGGUGGUUAUUAGUUGUACAAAAUAAUUGUGGUGGUGGCAGGCACCAACGUCAACCAUAUCUCUAAUAUUUGAAAUUCCUUUCCCACCCAUGCCCAAUUUGAGGGUUAAAUUCAAAUGUACUGUUGUGGAAUUUUUGGUAUGAAUAGAGAGACUUUAUUCAGUUGGUCUAA